CCACACGGCGGCGGCGGCAGCAGCAACACAGCGGCCCAGAAGCAUGUGCGAGCUGUCACAGGGCGUGCAGUGGAAGUGCUGCACAUCUCUGCGUGCGGUCGCCCGACACGUUUCCUGUUGUGGCAGCGACUCUGCUGCGAAGUCAGUUGCUUCCUCAUCACCACAUCCUCUCGUCCUCCACCUGCAGCCAAAGGAACAUGUUCCCUCUCUUCAUUGUUCUUGUGUGUUUCUCAGCCGUCUGUCGAUGUCAGCAACUUCCCAGCGGUGAGCUGGAGCUGGUGCUGCUGCCAACAUGGCAAGACUUCUUCAGCAACGAGAUCCUGCAGUUUCACUGCAGAGUCAACGCCUCCAAUUGGACCCUCAGCGCAGACUGGACCUUCCGCUGGUACAGAGAUGGAAAUGAGCUUCUUGGUUCUGACCCAAUGGUGACUUUAACAGAGCAAUCCAAGAUGAGCGUGAAAGCAGCUCGGUACUAUUCCGGAAACUAUUCCUGCACGGUCAGUGACGGAUCAGACAGAGGAGUCCAAAAGAGCAACCUGCUGCAGAUCAGAGUCCACGAUGUUCCCACUCCCACUGCGACUCUGGUGACCCACUGGCAGCACGUGUUUCCUGAGGAGCGCGUGGACAUGAGCUGCAGUGUGGACAGCGGCGUCGGCUGGACCUUCUCGUGGUUUCAAGACCAAAGACCUCUUCGGGCAGACGGCUCCCUCAGCUUCAACUCUGACAGAUCCACUCUCUCCAUCGGCUCUGCCUCGGUUUCUCACGCGGGAACAUACCAGUGUCAGGCCCAGCUGCCCGGGAGGACGGUGGAAACAAGCACCAGUGGCAACAUCGCUAUCGCGGUUCACAAGUCGCUGCCCACAGUCAGCAUGACCAAGCAGCCGGACCACCGGCAGAUGUUCUCAGGAGAGCUGCUGACCCUCAGCUGUCAUGUGAACAUCCCCAGUAGAUGGACAUACCUCUGGUUCCAUGACAACAGGAGGCUGGACCAAAACUCCAGCAGCCUACACAUCCCAGGCCUGAAACCUGGAGACACGGGACCUUACAGCUGUGGGGUACAACGGGGAGGAGGCCAGGUCUUCCUCGCUGAACCACAUUCCAGACUCCAGCUGACAGUGGACGAUGUUCCCACUCCCACUGCGACUCUGGUGACCCACUGGCAGCACGUGUUUCCUGAGGAGCGCGUGGACAUGAGCUGCAGUGUGGACAGCGGCGUCGGCUGGACCUUCUCGUGGUUUCGAGACCAAAGACCUCUUCGGGCAGACGGCUCCCUCAGCUUCAACUCCGACAGAUCCACUCUCUCCAUUGGCUCUGCCUUGGUUUCUCACGCGGGAACAUACCAGUGUCAGGCCCAGCUGCCCGGGAGGACGGUGGAAACAAGCACCAGCGGCACCAUCGUUCUCGCGGUUCACAAGUCGCUGCCCACAGUCAGCAUGACCAAGCAGCCGGACCACCGGCAGAUGUUCUCAGGAGAGCUGCUGACCCUCAGCUGUCAUGUGAACAUCCCCAGUAGAUGGACAUACCUCUGGUUCCAUGACAACAGGAGGCUGGACCAAAACUCCAGCAGCCUACACAUCCCAGCCCUGAAACCUGGAGACACGGGACCUUACAGCUGUGGGGUACAACGGGGAGGAGGCCAGGUCUUCCUCGCUGAACCACAUUCCAGACUCCAGCUGACAGUGGACGAUGUUCCCACUCCCACUGCGACUCUGGUGACCCACUGGCAGGACGUGUUUCCUGAGGAGCGCGUGGACAUGAGCUGCAGUGUGGACAGCGGCGUCGGCUGGACCUUCUCGUGGUUUCAAGACCAAAGACCUCUUCGGGCAGACGGCUCCCUCAGCUUCAACUCUGACAGAUCCACUCUCUCCAUCGGCUCUGCCUCGGUUUCUCACGCGGGAACAUACCAGUGUCAGGCCCAGCUGCCCGGGAGGACGGUGGAAACAAGCACCAGCGGCACCAUCGUUCUCAUGCUUCACAAGUCGCUGCCCACAGUCAGCAUGACCAAGCAGCCGGACCACCGGCAGAUGUUCUCAGGAGAGCUGCUGACCCUCAGCUGUCAUGUGAACAUCCCCAGUAGAUGGACAUACCUCUGGUUCCAUGCCAACAGGAGGCUGGACCAAAACUCCAGCAGCCUACACAUCCCAGGCCUGAAACCUGGAGACACGGGACCUUACAGCUGUGGGGUACAACGGGGAGGAGGCCAGGUCUUCCUCGCUGAACCACAUUCCAGACUCCAGCUGACAGUAGACGAUGUUCCCACUCCCACUGCGACUCUGGUGACCCGCUGGCAGGACGUGUUUCCUGAGGAGCGCGUGGACAUGAGCUGCAGUGUGGACAGCGGCGUUGGCUGGACCUUCUCGUGGUUUCGAGACCAAAGACCUCUUCGGGCAGACGGCUCCCUCAGCUUCAACUCUGACAGAUCCACUCUCUCCAUCGGCUCUGCCUCGGUUUCUCACGCGGGAACAUACCAGUGUCAGGCCCAGCUGCCCGGGAGGACGGUGGAAACAAGCACCAGCGGCACCAUCGUUCUCAUGCUUCACAAGUCGCUGCCCACAGUCAGCAUGACCAAGCAGCCGGACCACCGGCAGAUGUUCUCAGGAGAGCUGCUGACCCUCAGCUGUCAUGUGAACAUCCCCAGUAGAUGGACAUACCUCUGGUUCCAUGCCAACAGGAGGCUGGACCAAAACUCCAGCAGCCUACACAUCCCAGGCCUGAAACCUGGAGACACGGGACCUUACAGCUGUGGGGUACAACGGGGAGGAGGCCAGGUCUUCCUCGCUGAACCACAUUCCAGACUCCAGCUGACAGUAGACGAUGUUCCCACUCCCACUGCGACUCUGGUGACCCGCUGGCAGGACGUGUUUCCUGAGGAGCGCGUGGACAUGAGCUGCAGUGUGGACAGCGGCGUUGGCUGGACCUUCUCGUGGUUUCGAGACCAAAGACCUCUUCGGGCAGACGGCUCCCUCAGCUUCAACUCUGACAGAUCCACUCUCUCCAUCGGCUCUGCCUCGGUUUCUCACGCGGGAACAUACCAGUGUCAGGCCCAGCUGCCCGGGAGGACGGUGGAAACAAGCACCAACGGCAACAUCACUAUCGCGGUUCACAAACUUCCACGCGCGGUCAUCACCCUGUCAACCAAAUGGUCUGAGGUAUUCUCCACUGACAGUCUGGAGCUGCGGUGCGAGGUUCAGGAGGAUCAGAAGGACUGGAACUACACCUGGUACAGAGGGGCGGAGGAAAUCCAGCAACAUUCCAGCCAACACACUGUCACUCCACAAAAUGACCCGGACCAGGGAGAGUACAAGUGCAAGGGCCAGCGGAGCAACCAGAGACCAAGCCAAUCCCUGAAGAGCGAGCCCUUUAAGACCAAGAACCUCCUUCUGAAGAGACGAGUCCUUCUGUCCAUCUCAGGAUGUCUCAUGUUCAGUCUCGUCACCGUCCUUCUGGGUUUCAUCAUUUACAGGGUUGUCCGGAAACCAGUGAGAAGGGAGGCCACGGUGGAGGAGGUGGACUUGUUCCUCACCAUGGACCAGCUGAAGGAGCGAGUUGGCAGCGCACCAUGUCAGCUGGUGGACUACAUCACUGAUAUGGACGUUCCAGUCAAAGAAGCCGAAGCGGAGCAAAACGGAAGCAGCUCGCCUGACGCGAUGCUGUCACCUCUGGAGCAGAGUGCAGAGUCAGAGGCCACCGAGAGUCCGGACCACCCUGAAAACGGCCUGCUCACUUUCAGGCAGUGAGCAGGAGCGGCUGACUCCCUGCUGGACAGACGCCCUGUCGCUUGUUAAACGUGUUCAAGAGGUGUCGAGCAACAAACGGCUAGAAUUGCACUUCACACACGCGCGCGCAACCCGAAUGUUGCUGGGGUCACUCACCUUUCCUGCCAGACUUGUUCUAAUAAAUGCUUUCCAUCUGCUGCUUUGUGGAAUGAGGCGCCCCCGUAUGGUGAUGAAGCGUUAUUCGGACAAAUGUAGCCACCGACUCCUCUGACAGUCCAUCAAACCGCUGUCCGUUCUUCCAAGACUCGGUGGCUGUCACGGCUGAGAUCAGCUCGGCCGCUCAUGACACUUGGCGUGAGUCACUGGGUCCUGAAUGUGGAGCCGCUGGUCAGGCCUCGUGCCCUUGUCCUCCAUCUAGUCAAGGUGACAGCUCCAAACACAGCAAGGAAGUCCUGGUGACACCACGUGGUAACAGAGCCUGCGAAUGAGUGAAGCCCGGUCACAGAAUUGAAAAUUCGCCAGAGGAAGACCACCAUCAAAUUUCCACACCACAAGAAGGAGUUUCAAACAAAUAUUGGGUCCGAAAACAUGGCGCUGUUUGAAAUAGAUUCAGGAAUUUCGGAAGGACAUUCAUUUGGACCACGUGAAUGUUAGUUUCCAUCUCCAACAUCAAAGGCAAAACAUUUGCUGAAAUCAAUUCAGAAAUAGUGGAAGGGGUCAAAUAAACCCCGAGACACUUGAAGCCAGUGGAACUAGAGGUGAAUGGCACAUCUGCUGGUUGGAGCUGUAUCGAUUGGGAAACUUUUGUCAGGAUUCCGUUGGUCAGAAAACGCACCAAAUCACAGGUGCACCAGGCGCGCGGGGGGGUUAUGGACGUGAAGUGAGAGUUUGUAUUCUCUGAAAGCCUGAGGAGGAUUUCAGUGCAGCAGACAUGCAGAACCUCAUUUGUCAUGACACAUGGAGAAGCAUAGAAGAGACGGAUCCAGGGAACCAAUCUGUCCCCAAAUCUGAGUCUUGCUAUGGAGCCAUUUUGUUCUUCUCGGAUGACGGUGGGCAUGACUCUCUCCAACGGCUUGGCAAGGACGUUUGUGUCACAGUUCAGUCGGGACAAAAGAAAGGAUGACGGUGCAUUUGGGCUUGGUUCUCUUCAACAGCCACCUCCGUGCUUUUGAGCUGAAAUUCGAGUGAAACAUUUGACUUGCCCACAGACUUCUGUCAGUUUGAGCCGUGUCUCCUGUCAGAAACAGAUCUCGACAGGUUCUCCCAUUCCUUUGCUGCUCCGACUGCAGGACCUACAGUCACAGGCAAGCCCUGACACAGUUGUCCGGAAUUUGUUAUUUUCAUGAGGUGGUGAUGGGGAGCCGAGGACCAUCUCUCUGAACCACCCUCAUCCAAGCAGAACAACAUGCAGAGCUUGGGAGCAGUAAGAGGUGAGCUCAGCUCAGCACCGCCUGGAAGGCCAUACAGAGACUGUGACUCAGACUCUGGUGUAGGACAAAGGAGGACGUGGCCGGGGAAAGGGAUGUACAGGGGGGAUGGACCAUGAGUCAGUCUGACAUCACAGUUGUAACUUUCCAUGUCCUAAAGGCUCACAACUGUAACUGUUGUGAGGGGCCAACGUGCCAAAAAAUAAGACUGCAAAACACCAUGGGAGAAAAUAUAAACUUGAGUAACAAGGACAUGAAAUGAAAUGUAGUUAGGGAUAUUAAGUGUAAAUAUGCCAUGAAAUAUAUU